CGCCUCCGCCGACAACUCCCCCCCGGAGUCUCCACCCGCUUCUCCUUCCUCGUCCGCUCCGCCGACCCCCUCCACUUCGGCGACGGCCUCGCCUUCUUCCUCUCCCCCUUCCCCUCCCUCCUCCCCAACCACUCCUCCGGCGGCUUCCUCGGCCUCUUCGACGCCGCCGCCGCCGCCGCCGCCGAUCCCGCCGGCCAGCUCGUCGCCGUCGAAUUCGAUACUUACGAGAACGAGUGGGACCCGAGCGCCGACCACGUCGGCGUCGACGUGAACUCGAUCCGCUCCGCCGCCACGCUCACGUGGGGCAGCAGCAUGAAGGACGGCCGCGUCGCCAACGCGUGGAUCGCCUACGACGGCGCCGCGCAGAACCUCACCGUCUUCCUGACCUACGACGACAGCCCCUCCUUCGACGGCCGCCCCUGCAGCCUCUCCUUCGCCGUCGACCUCCGGCAGCACCUCCCCGACCGCGUCGCCGUCGGCUUCUCCGCCGCCACCGGCGGCGCCGUCGAGCUGCACCAGAUACUCCACUGGGAAUUCACCUCCACUCUCGACCCCGACAACACAUUAAUCGACAUCGAAAUCGCCAUCGCGAUUGCGGCGGGAUUCGCAGUUCUGAUCUCCAUCCUCGGCCUGAUCCUGUUCCUUCUCCGGAGGAGGAGGAGGAACGCGAGGAACGCGAGAAGACGAAAAGAAGCGGAGGAGGAGGAGGAGGAGGAGGAUGACAGCAUGGCCUACGACGAGCUGGCCGGGGAGUUCGAGAUCGGCAGCGGGCCGAGGAGGUUCCGGUACGCCGAAUUGGCCGCCGCGACGGACAACUUCGCGGAGGAGCGGAAGCUCGGAGAGGUCGUCGGCUGGUGCCACGACCGCGACGCCGACUUCCUGCUCGUCUACGAGCUCGUGCCGAACGGCAGUCUGGACCUUCAUCUCUAUUCAACUGAGCUAUUCCUGCCGUGGCAGUCGCGGUACAGGGUCGCGGUCGGCCUGGCGUCCGCGAUCCUCUACCUGCACGAGGAGUGCGAGCAGUGCGUGGUGCACAGAGACAUCAAGCCGAGCAACGUCAUGCUCGACUCGGCAUUCAACGCGAAGCUCGGCGAUUUCGGCCUGGCGAGGCUCAUCGAUCACGACGACUCGAUCGGCGCGCAAACCACCGUCCUCGCGGGGACCGUGGGGUACUUGGCUCCGGAAUGCGUGACGACGGGGAAGGCGAGCAAGGAGUCCGACGUCUACAGCUUCGGAAUCGUGGCGCUGGAGAUCGCGUGCGGGCGGCGGCCCGUGGAGCCGAAGGAGGAGCCGGGGAGGGCGCGGUUGCUCCCCUGGGCGUGGGAGAUGCACGGAAGAAACGCAAUUCAGGAAGCAGCCGAUGACAGACUGAACAAAGCGUUCGACGAAGCGGAAUUGGGACGGCUGGUGGCGGUCGGGUUAUGGUGCGCCCAUCCUGACUGGACACUGCGACCGUCUAUUCGGCAGGCGGUCGCCGUUCUAAAAUUCGAAUCUCCGCCGCCGGUUCUCCCGCCGAAGAUGCCUGUGCCGGUCUAUUUCGUGCCGCCGAUCGGUUAUCACGGCUUGUCGGGAGCAGCUUCGAGUAUUGCUGAUGCAGGGGAUAGUGCCUUCGGAACAUCCUCAUCAUCAGAUAGACUCCUGGAGUCAUAACAAGAAGUGCGAUUUUGUUUAAAGUGUGUUUUUGAUUUGUUCAUGGAGAUUGUUUUGUAGUUGAGGUUGUAGCAAUUGCAGACUGGCUUUGUUGUUUUACUGCCACAAGCUUUCUGCUGUUUCUUUGUUAACAGAUCUGGGAUUUUCUUCCUAAUAAUACACUGCCUUUCUUGUGAAA